AACCAGUCAUCCCCCAGCUCUCCCACUCCCACCAGCCGACAUCCCGCUUUAUCUCAGCUUGAUCCCCAAGCUCCCGCCAUCAUGGCUGCUCUUUCCUCCGCCACCGCGGCUUCCGCCGCUUCCGCCUUCUUCGCGUCGAGCGCCGAGCUCGCGGCGAAGGUGAACAACGUGGAGAGCCGCGUGACGAUGCGCAAGACCGUGAAGGCCGCGGACAGCCUGAGCCAGUGGUACGGGCCCGAUCGCAGCCUGUUCCUGGGCCCCUUCUCCUCGCCUCCCGCGUACCUGAAAGGCGAGUUCCCCGGCGACUACGGGUGGGACACGGCGGGCCUGUCGGCGGACCCCGAGACGUUCGCGAAGAACCGCGAGCUGGAGGUGAUUCACUCGCGCUGGGCGCUGCUCGGCGCGCUUGGCAUCGUGUUCCCCGAGCUUCUGGCGCGCAACGGCGUGCCGCUGGGCGAGGCAGUGUGGUUCAAGGCGGGCGCGCAGAUCUUCAGCGAGGGCGGGCUCAACUACCUGGGCAACCCCAGCCUCAUCCACGCGCAGAGCAUCCUCGCCACGCUCGCCGUCCAGCGAGGAUGCCGACUAUCUGCAGAACAUUCAAAUACCAUUCGCAGAACGUUCGCGUAGCAUUUGGCAGGGUGUAAAUGUAAAAUGUAUGUUUUGCAAAAGCUACGAUUUCUAAACCCUAUGAUUUCAAAGCGAUAAGCGUCUGUCCAAUCGUAGUACACUCCUGUGUUUUUUUUGUUAUGUUCGAACGUAAUUGUUUAUGUAUGGAAUAUAUCAUGUGUGGGAAA